AUGACAAAUAGUGAAAGUUUAAAGUUGGCCAAAGAAGUAGAUUCUGAAGGAAAGAGAACUCUAGCUGUAAUCACUAAACUUGAUCUAAUGGAUGCAGGUACUGAGGCAGUGGAUAUUUUAUGUGGUCGACAAGAUAUAAAUGACAAUAAGUCAAUUGCUAAUGCUCUAAAAGAUGAAUCUACUUACUUGCAAAGGAAAUACCCGUCAUUGGCAAACCGAAAUGGAACUCCAUAUUUAACAAAGACACUUAACAGACUUUUAAUGCAUCACAUUCGAGAUUGUUUGCCAAACUUAAAAACUAGAGUAAACGUUAUGGUUUCACAAUUCCAAUCACUAUUGUAUUCAUUUGGUGAUGAUGUAUCAGAUAAGAGCCAAACAUUGUUGCAAAUUAUUACAAAAUUUGCUGCUGCAUAUUGUUCAACAAUUGAUGGUACUUCGAAGAAUAUUGAAACAACCGAACUAUGUGGUGGUGCCCGAAUAUGUUACAUAUUUCACGAGACGUUUGGCAAGGUUUUGGAUUCUAUUCAUCCUCUGACAGGUUUAUCCAAAAUGGAUGUGUUGACUGCCAUAAGAAAUGCCACAGGGCCUAGACCAGCAUUGUUUGUUCCAGAAGUAUCUUUCGAGUUGUUAGUUAAAAGACAAAUACGCCGGCUAGAAGAACCCUCUUUGCGGUGUGUAGAACUUGUACACGAAGAAAUGCAGCGUAUGAUCCAACACUGCGGCAUUGAAUCACAACAGGAAAUGAUCAGAUUUCCUAAACUCCAUGAAAGCAUUGUAGAUGUUGUGACACAGUUAUUGCGUAGACGUUUACCCACAACAAAUGCAAUGGUUGAAAACUUGGUGGCCAUUGAACUGGCUUACAUAAACACCAAACAUCCAGAUUUUCAUAGAGAUGCAGAACUCGUAUCAUUGAUGAUGAAAAGCGCUGAAGAAGAUGAAUAUUCAAGACAACGCAUGUUGAGAAAAUACAAUGUGAACAACUCUACGACUGGAUGUGAUAGAGACAGUGUCGCCAGUACUGGAUCAUUAAAGAAAACUCCAAAGCAGCAUCAAGCGGACAUGAAUAGUGAAAUGAAUUCCGUAGAAUCAUCUCCAGCGACGACACCUGUGCAUCAAAUGCAAAAUGAAUGUAUGCCUUCGACUAUAGCCAGCAGUUUUAGCAGCAUGGAUUUGCAGAGUCCAUCCAACAGGAACCUAUCUGAGAAAGAACUGCGUGAUUGUGACGUAAUUGAAAGAUUGAUCAAAUCGUAUUUCUACAUUGUGAGGAAAUCUAUUCAAGAUAGCGUUCCAAAGGCCAUUAUGCACUUUUUAGUAAAUUUUGUGAAGAACUACUUGCAAUCAGAACUAGUCACACAUUUAUACAAAUCCGAACAAGUAGAAGAAUUACUUAAUGAAUCUGAACAUAUAUCCAAUCGCAGAAAAGAAGCUAUUGAUAUGCUUAAGGCCUUACAGAAUGCUAACAACAUCAUUAGCGAGAUCCGUGAAGUGCAUGUCUGGUAA